AUGGAGCCAUUGGAAUUCACAGGCUAUGCUGACUUAGGAGAAGAUAGUUCUUCCAAGACAGACUUCAAAAAGAGGCAAAUGAGUUGUUAUGUCAAAGACUUGCCCAAGGAUGAGAUUCCUGAUUCCCUCAAAGACGAUGGAAAGCCAAAAGCAAGAAGAAUGUCUUGUGUACAGAUGUUAAAAUAAGGAUAAAGAAGACGAAUCCCUUGUUAAUUAUAAAAAUAAUCUUCUUGGAGAUCUUGGAGCUAUUGAAGAAGAGGCCCCUGCAGAAGUUGAAGUAUUCUCCAUUGAAUUUGUAUGCCAAGAUAGAGAAGAAGGAAAUAUCGCAUUAAACUUUAGAGAAGACGAAGAAAUGAAGAAGGCAGAAGAGUUUGUUUUGAAGGAAGGAGCUAUGUUUAAUAUCAGAAUCACUUUUAAAGUUCAUAAUGAUAUUGUAUAUGGACUCAAAUUUGCCAAUAUAGUUAAAAAGCUUAAGAUUACAGCUCAGAAGGAAGAGCACGUCAUGGGAACCUUUGCUCCUACUAAAGAUGCUCAUGUAUUCAACCUUCCUGAAGCAUAUGCACCCGAAGGAUUUUUUCAAAGAGGAUCUUAUAAAGGAAAGGCAAUGUUGAUAGAUUCAGAUGGGAUGGUGCAUUUGCAAUUUAAAUAUCCUUUCAAAAUUUCAAAGAAAUGGUAG